CAACUGUCCCCCAGUGCCCACGCCCGUUGUGCCCUCCUCCUCCUGAGGACCCUCCCCCCAGCCAGACACGCUGCCCUUCACCACCUCAGGACCCUCUUUGACCACCAGGUUUGUGCCCAUUUGCUGGAGAGAGAAGAAAACCUCAACCCUUUGGGCCCCAACCCCUCCAACCUCCCCCCACCUCCUGCCGGGGGGGGGUUAGAAGAAGUGGUGGAAGAAGUCCAGAAGGUUUUAGGAGGGUUUAUCAAAGCCAACCCCAAAGCUUGGGCACCUCUGGUGGCUUCUUGGUCCAUGGAUUUGAUGGGACAACUGAGCAGUAAAUAUGCAGGGAGACCUGGGGUCCCUCACCCUGCUGGGGGGUUGAACGAGCUGCUCCAGCUCUGGAUGUCCUGUGGGGCCACCAGGGCUCUGAUGGACAUUUAUACUCAAUGUUUGUCUGCCAUGGCAGGUGGAGGAGGAGGAGGAGGAGGAGGAGGAGGAAGCCAAGGCCCUGAUGCUUGUGUUGAUGCCCUUUUGGACACGUCCAUCCAACACUCCCCCCAUUUCGAUUGGGUGGUGGCUCACAUUGGCUCCUCUUUCCCCAACACCAUCAUCAGUCGGGUCCUUUCCUGUGGCCUGCAGGAUUUUUGCAGCCACGGGGAGAUGGGGGGGACCCUCCCCGUGGGGGGAGGGGCCCUGGGAGGGGACAAAAGGGUCCCCAAAUUGGCCUCAGUCGUGGGGAUUUUGGGCCACUUGGCGGCGCGACACGGGGGGAGCAUCAGGCAGGAGCUGCUCAGGAUGUUCCACCAGAGCCUCAACAACCCCCCCAGCAGGGACCCCCACCAAAAAGCCACUGUCCCCUUCCUCCUCCAGUUGGCCCUCAUGUCCCCCACCCUUUUGGGGACAAUUUCCAACGAUUUGGUCCCUUCCCUCACCCCCAACGUCCUCAACCAGCUCCACCACCACUUGGGCGCCUUCAGCAGGGAAGAGCUGGACAACAUGGUCACCAUGGUGGUUCAUUUGAUCUGCCAGAGCUCCAGGGGGGCUUAUCAGAUCCUCCAGUUCCUCCUGACCUCCCACCUCCUCACCCGCCUCAGCUCCUUGUCCCUCUCGGCCACCAAGUCCAUCCUGCAGCACCUGGUGGAAGGAGCUUUGAGAAAAGGCAACUCCCACCUUUUUGGGGCCGAACCCCAAGAUUUCCCAACACCCAAAGAACCUUUUCCCACUUCCCUUUUGGACGGGAACCAAAAAUUCACCCCAACCUUGAACUGCCCGGGAGGGGUUUGGUCCGUUUUUCACUCCGGGGUGAUUGGAAAAGGUUUCAAACCCCUUUGGAAACCAGAAGAGAAACUUUGGGACCCUGAAAAGGUUGAAAAAGAACAACAACAUUCCCAAAACAUCCACAUCUUCCUCAACCUCCUCCUCCGUUGCUGCCAACGUGGGAAAAAACCCCAAUUCCAAGAAGGGAAGAGGAACCAGUUCCAAGAUGGGAUCAACCCAGAAGCUGCCAAAGCUGUUGCUGCUGCUCUGGUGGAAAAUAUUUGCCCUGAAGCUUCUGGGGGGGCAGGAGGGGAAUUAAUUUGGCCCCCCCCGGAGGAUCAAUCCCGUGGGAACGUGGAGAGGGAUCUGAGGAUCUGCAGGAAGUUCAGGGAUCACCCCCUUUUGUUCCCCCUUUUGCACUUGGUGGCCACGGGCCCCCCUGCCCUGUGUUACUGUUCUGUGCUGCUCAGGGGCCUCCUGGGGGGUUUGAUGGGAUAUUGGGAAUCCUGUCGGGAAUUCCAACCCUCUGGAUCCCCCUGGCACCUCCAGGCUUCUUGUUCUUUGGUUUCCAUCCUGGCUGAGGGGUCUUUGAUCCCCCCUGUGCUGGGGAAGGUCCAGGAGCUUUUCCAGCAUCUGGCACCUUUCGAGGUGCAUCUUUUGCUCCUCAGCUUGUGGGAAUAUCUGAGGGAGAAUCAACCCCUGCCUCAGAAAUUCACUUUCCAGCCCCAACAGGGGCUUUUCCUCCGGGAUUUCGGGAGGGAAGGGGAGGUGGGGAAACAUUUGGGGGUCCUGCACAGCGUCCUGCACAAGAACAUCCAGC